AUGUCCGCUAAAAUAGAGGACGGAAAAUGUAACAGCGAUCGUAAUUCCAAACAGCGAUCGGCUCUUGUUAAACCUAAAUCAGAAUUGACACCCGAGGAAUUGGCACGUCAGGAAGAGGAAGAAUUCAACACGGGACCAUUGUCGGUGUUGACCCAAUCGGUUAAGAACAACACUCAGGUGUUGAUAAAUUGUCGCAAUAACAAAAAGCUAUUGGGACGUGUUAAGGCCUUUGACCGCCACUGCAACAUGGUAUUGGAAAAUGUCAAAGAAAUGUGGACAGAAAUACCACGUACAGGCAAGGGCAAGAAGAAGGUGAAACCCGUAAACAAGGAUCGUUUCAUAUCGAAAAUGUUCUUGAGAGGAGAUUCUGUAAUUUUAGUUCUAAGAAAUCCACUGGCAACGGCUGGUGGAAAGUGA